CUAAUUUCUCCGGCCCUGCCGGGGAGAACAGUUGAAACUAAGAAACUGAUAAUGAAACUCAGAACGAAACCGAAACACUUGCAAACGCCACAGCAGUGACACAUUCCCAUUUCCUUCGAAAAUUUUCCCAUAAAUUCGACAAAGAAGGAAAGAAGAAGAAGGGGAGAUUGAAGAACUAUCGCAAGAAGAAAUGGCGACACUCAGAAUCCCAGACGUCGUUCCAUCUCCAGCUGAAGACUGUGAAAGACUCAAUAAUGCUUUCCAGGGACUGGGAACAGACGAGAAGGCGGUAAUAAGGAUUCUGGGGCGCAGAAAUGCAGGCCAGAGGAAGAAGAUCAGAGAGACGUAUCAGCAGCUUUACAAUAAGUCUCUUAUUGAUUGUCUUAUCUCUGAGUUAUCUGGUGAUUUUAGGAAAGCGGUAAUCUUAUGGCUUGCAAAUGAGGCAUUAAAGUCAAGAAAGAAAAGCAUAAUCCAAUUACAAGUAAUAGUAGAGAUAGCAUGUGCUUCAUCACCGCACCAUUUGGUUGCGGUAAGGCAAGCUUAUUGCUCUCUUUUCAACUGUUCGCUUGAAGAAGACAUCAUAUCCAACGUCUCUCCUCCUGUUCAAAAGAUCUUGGUUAGUUUGGUGAGUUCCUACAGAUAUGAUAAAGAACAUGUAGAUUAUGAUAUGGCCAAUAUGGAGGCAGCUAUACUGCGUAAGGCCAUUGAAGCAAAGAAAUUAGACGAUGAUGAGGUUGUACGAGUUCUCAGCACAAGGAAUAUGUUUCAGCUUGCACAAACCUUUCUGUGUUAUAAAAAUAACUACGGGAAAUCCAUAGACCAGGAGAUUAUGGCCUGCGGAAAGGGCAUUUUGGAGUCUGUUAUGAAAGUGGUGGUUUGGUGCAUAGACUCCCCUGAGAAACACUUUGCUGAGGUCAUAAAAGCGUCGAUUGUAGGACUGGGGACUGACGAAGAUUCACUGACCAGAGCUAUCGUCUGUCGAGCUGAAAUCGAUUUGAUGAAUGUCAGGGCAGAAUAUUUCAACACCAACAAAUCUAGCAUGGACAAUGCCAUCAUAGACGACACUUCCGGAGACUAUAAGGACUUCCUCGUGACUUUGCUUGGAGCAAACAUCUGAUUCUUUUUGUUCUGUCCUAUCUGUGUGCAGUUUAUUGAGUUGAUGGCUUUGAGAGUGCGUUUAAAUUAGAAUAUGCAGGAAUGGUUCAUGUUGGUACUGUAAGUUGAAGAAUUUAUGGUUUUCUUGUUCGUUGUUGGUUGUAAAUAAAGCAUGUUUUACGGUGUCAUUUUAA